AUGCAUAAAAAGUUUGAAGACGCCAUUGAGCAAGUCUCUUAUCGUUCAUUUUUCAAUUCAGCUAGUGCAUUAUUUCGACGUCGAUUUGUUUCCGUAUCAUCUGGAAUCUUAACUAAUCGUCUAUGGCUCAAAUCACAAGCAAAUCAUGAAUGUGAUUUGUUAAUAACGUUUCCAUCUCGUAUAGAUGAGAAUAAAAUCAUAUGGUUUCUAAAGCAAUUGUUACUGUUAGAACCGGAUAUUCGAAUAAGUAUCAAAUAUCAUUUUACAACUGGUGUAUAUGGCUUUUACAUAACAUUCACAUACUCAAAGCUCUUGAAAGGUGCUGAAUCACUUCAGUUAGAAAAACCGAUUAAAUCUCAGUUUGGAGGUGGUUUUAAGUCGUUUAUAUUCGACGAGUUCGCGUUUUAUGACAAUGUUGAGUGUGAACAAUCAUUUUUAACAUCACAAGAACGUCAAUCCAUUGGUUUUUUUCUAUUAAAUGAAAUUAAAAUUCAACAAAGACAAGAAGUAUCAGGCAUUAAAUUUAAACCCGAACAAAAACUUAGUAAGAGCACGAUUAUUGUAAUUAUGUCUAAUCAUUUUUAUUUCUUUGCUUUUUUUUCCUCAGUUCAACGAGCACUUGACAAACAACUUGUAAAACAAAUCAUACCAUUACAUAACAAAGAUAAACUGAAUAAUUUGUUUCAAAAUUGGGUUUUGCCCAAAAAUAUUCUAAAACCACAACCAAUUGGUAAGUAA